AUGGCAGCUACCGUUAGAGUGUUUUCGACUAGCCUGACUUGUCUUCCGAAGUUCACCAGCACCGAUGUGGUGAAGAGUGUGGAGAUACAUUCGUCCACUAAAGGGAACAAACUGGACAAGGGAUAUAAAUUCUUCCACGAAGAGUUUAUCCACAAUUACCAAGGAUUCUGCAAUCACAUAGUUGUCAUCCUGUACCAGACCGCUCAUUAUUCACAGCUGGGUCUGCAGGCUGUUCCACCCCCCCUUGCCUGCACAAGUGGCUUGCAAAGAUGGCACAGACCAAGAACACAGGGAAUCCAUCCUGAACCUGUUAGUGAGCUGGUGGUGCAAAAGCCCAAAACAGUGGGUCAGAACGGUCUGAGGUCCACAUUGUACAAGGCAUAUACAGGACCACUGCCAGAUCCAUAUAUGAUGGCAUCUGGAAGCAAAUUAAGCCAGGUGCAGCCCCAGCCUCUCAUGGCUGUUGUAUUGGAUGGGGUUUCUGAGAUGGAGCUGACGCAUCUAAAUUUGGGUCUGUCCCUCGUGGAUCCCCCAUGUCCUAUCACUGUCCACCCAAGAAGUCCAGCGACCUCAUCCUACACCACAUGGCUCCAGAAUUUCCGUCCCUUCCUCUGAUGCAGCACACUUUUCCCAGGUUGCAUUUCGU